GAGUGACAGACUGGGAGUUGAUAGUAAACAAACUUUACACAUCAACACAAUACACACUUUUCGAGUUUCUCAUUCAAACUUGCGACCAGUUGAAGUAAACCAUCAAGAGGUUUUAUUGUUCCAAGAAAUUACUUCAAACUACUACACCUCCAAAAACUCACCACAAACUAUUAAUCAUGGGUGACAAGCACCUCAACGAGCUCCUCAAAUGGAGUAUCGAAAACCAGGAAACCGGCGGCGAGAACGGCGCUUCAGCACCUGCCGACGCCACCGCCGUGAGAGCGCCCGCCAGCACCCUCAACCCCGAGGCCAUCGCAGCCCUCUUCGGCAACGGCCCCAGCGACGCCGAGCUCAUGAAGCUCUCCAUGGAGGCAAUCACCUCCCCGGACCCGGAAAUCACCCUCGACAACAAGCUCAUCGCCUUUGACAACUUUGAGCAGCUCAUUGAGAACCUCGACAACGCGAACAACAUUGCCAACCUCGGCCUCUGGACCCCGCUGCUCUCCUGCCUCGAGCACGAGGCCCACGAGCUGCGUCGCAUGGCCGCCUGGUGCGUCGGCACCGCCGUCCAGAAUAACCUGCCCAGCCAGGAGCGCCUGCUUGCCGUGGGCGGCAUCCCGCCCCUCGUGGCGCUUGCGACCAAGGACGGCGAGGAGGAGGCUGUUAGGAGGAAGGCCGUCUACGCGCUCAGCUCUGCCGUGAGGAACUACCAGCCCGGCGCCGAUGUCCUUACGGACGAGCUGCAAAAGAAGGGCCUGCGUAACGGCAAGGUUGAUGCUGAGAACAUGGAUGAUAUUGAUGAGAUUAUGAAUGCGCUCAAGGCCAAGAUUGCGGCAUAAGAAAAGGAAAAAGGGGAAAUCCAAGAGGAAAAUAGGGCUUGGGGAGGGUUCGGUAUGGUUAACUUGCAUGGACGGCGUUUCGGCGGGUGGUUCGGCAUGAGGGUUCUUUUGACGUACCUACGGGACGACGACCAAAAGAAACAUGGGAUUAUGGUAUUAGAUGAUUACUACCGCAUAAGAUGAACCAGGAACAUGAUCACAUAAUUUUGGCACAAAGUACUUCUCAAGAGUGACCGUAUCUGUUGGUACAUUCAUAUACAGGCUUUCUAAAUGUGUUGAUAUCGUACAAACGGGAUACCCCUUCCCAGCAAUGUCCCCCUUUUUAAUCCUUAAACUUUCCGUAGAAAGGAAGACCAAGAGCCUGCAUCAGAAGCCUGGCUUGGCGGUUCGAUGUGGCGCUCGUGUGGAUGAAAAUAUGACAACCUGGGAGGAGCUACAGAGACUCGUCAGCAUCGUGGUCACAAGAUAUAGGCAGACGGAAU